CUUUUCCUGUUCCCACUGAAGGAAAGCCAAAGCCCGAUGAAAGAACAUCACCCACGGAUGUGUCAUCUAAAAAGAAGUGAAGCAGGCUAUGGCUUCAACCUUCACAGUGAAAAGUCCAAGCCUGGACAGUUCAUCCGGUCAGUGGACCCUGGGUCACCGGCUGCCAGGGCAGGAUUGAGGCCACAGGACCGGCUAAUUGAGGUGAACGAUGUCAACAUCGAAGGAAUGAAGCACUCCGAAGUGGUGGCGUUCAUCAAAUCCAGCGGCACCGAGGCCCGACUGCUGGUGGUUGACGCGGAAACGGACGAGUAUUUCAGGAAGCUGGGCGUCACUCCCACCGAGAGCCAUGUGAAAGGCUUUGUGUCUCAGCCUAUAACCAAUGGAUCCCCAAAGCCACAGAUAAAUGGAAGCUCAACUGCAGACUCCUCCCAGUCAGAACUCCAGAGCCCCGACAGAACCACUGAGUUAAAGCAGGUAGAGGAGCAGGAAGAGGGGAACAAGGACCCGUUUGCAGAGAGUGGCCUCAGACUGAGCCCCACAGCAGCUGAAGCCAAAGAGAAGGCCCAUGCCAAGCGGGCCAAGAAACGGGCUCCGCAGAUGGACUGGAACAAGAAGCACGAAAUUUUCAGCAACUUUUGAAAAGCACCCCUCGCCCGACGCUGCAUUUCAAGAAGAGGGAGAGAGGAAAAACGUGACAGAAAAGCAUGUAAAAAAAAUGUUUACAGAGCCCGUGCAAGAUGUUUAUUUUUCCAAACUGCUGCAAGCAAAACCAGUCUCCUUGACAGAAAGUGUGACCAAAUUUCCUCUCAUGUGCAUAGUGAGAAGAACAGAUUUCUAGUUUAGGGAAAUAUAUCUAGAUUUGUUAUUUUCUUUAAUGGAAUUAUUUACAGGUUAGCUGAUGUAUAUUGCAUUUACUGUAUACAGUUUUUUGUUUCAUUUUUUUGAAUUUGUCAUGAAAAACAUCUAGGACAUUUUAAUAGGCAUGUCCUUCUCUUUAGAUAAUUCAUAAAUUGGUAAACGUCUGUACAUUCUCUAGAACUUCAUUUUCACUUUAAUUCAACUCAACACAUGUGCAGGUAUUCAUUUUUGUCAAGGCAGUAAUUCCAAAGCUCUUUCUGGUACAUUCUGCCACUGGGAAGGUAAAAAGAAUUUAAAAUAGUCAAAUAAAGCACUACUGAGGAUAAGGGAUUGUGUCGAAUUUAAAUGUAUCAAAUUUCAGAGUUGUUCAACCACAGAAAGCCACGCAUAGAUAAUCCAGUACAUUGUGGUUUAGAAACACAGGAGUCUUCAAGGGUUCCAUUGUGCUUGCCAGGGUAGAUCUGAAGUUAGCGCCUUGGGAUGUGUUGGUAAUGGUGUUGAUGGAGGUGACGUGGCUAUCAGCCGAGGCACAGCUGUAUGAAUUUUAACAGGACUAAAUAACCUUGGGUUGAAGAAAUUAAGCAAGAUGGCAGAAAUAAAGGCCUUUGAUUACCUUAGCACAAGCAUACUUUGAAAUUUUAUCAGUAUUCCACCAAUCUAUAGACAUUUAAAAGGAUUGAACAAGUAAUUAAAAUAAACAAUGCAGAAUAUUCCCUUGAUAGUUUACUUAAAAGGGCACAUUCAAAUGCUUUAUUUGUGUUUCUUCCUGGAAUAUAAGGGCUUAGGGGCAUCAGUAAGUAGGCAGCUGUGGCAUCUAUUCUAGCUUCAUUCUGCCCCGCUUGGCUGAGAUGAGCAUGAAUUACAGAGGAGUGAGUAGUUUUGGGAGACGGCUGCACAGUCACAUGGGUUUGCACUUGGGUCCUGGGGUCAAUUGCAGACUGGGAUGCCAUUUUUACCAGGAGUUUCCAUGUUGCUCCUGUACACAUGUGGGUUUUCUUUAAGGGAUCAGGUUGAAUUUCAGUUUCCAAAGACACACUGGCUGGGUCAAUUAGUGUCUCUACCAAUUAAUUGUCCCUGUGUGUUUCUGUGCGUGCCCCCUGCCUGCCUGCCACCAUGAGACUUACAAUUUGAGGGUAAGCAACUUUCCGAUAAUGCAUGGGUGCACAUCAAUGCAUGGUUGAGGAGAACUGAGUGAAAGAAGAGACUUAAAAUGAGAACUUGUCUACCACUAGGAGACAAUAUUGUGUGAUUUGCUUGAGCGAUAAGCAGACACAGCUGUCGUUUUUUUUUGCGACUGAGGUGUUUUGGUUAGAAUCGCAAUGAGCCAGAAGAACUGGAAUCUACAUUAUGAGUGGGUUUAGUAGUUUGUUACAGUAAAGGUGAACCACUCUUAGCAGUAUUAUUUUUGCAUACUGUGGGUGCACUGUGAGCUCUGGAGUAGAGCACCCCCUGUGUGGAGUUUGCAUCGUCUGGCUGCGUUUUCAUGGGUUUUAUCCAGAUGCUCUGGCUACCUUCCACUUCCCGAAGGUCCGACUGCUUGAUUAAAUUGCCUGGCCCUGCUAUGGACGAAUGCAGGAGUAGUCAUGCCUUGCACCUUAAGAUUCAACAAUUCGCAUUGUUCUGAUGAAGGAGGAAUUGUUGUGUAAUGAAACCAUUGACAACUCUACCAAUGUGUUUGCUGGAAGGUAAUAACAAGAGUUUCCUAUUACGAUGGAUCUCGUACUGCAGAAUGUGACUGUUGUAAUAAUAGCAGUCUCCAGGUCUCUCCAGAGUGCUGAAACCUAAAAUGUGAUUUGGGGCUGCUGGUGCAGCUCUUGUCUGUGCUCUUUGUGUUGGAAAUGUGGAGACAAACCAUCAUCUAACCAAACACAUUACACGAACGUAUGUUAUAAACAAGCAUCGACGUGCAUUUGAAGUGGAUUUCUUUUGCAGAGAAAACUGGAGCUCAAAGCUGUCAAAUAGCCUCCUCUUCUACGUGUAGAAUCCCAGCUCUGAACUAGAUUUGGAGCUACUUUUCAACAUUUCUCUCGCUUAUAAUAAGAUAAGGAAUAGUUAUAUAAUGGCGCCAUAAAAGGUACAACCUUAAGAAUCUUUGCCAUUUUGAGUCCUAAGUUUAUUUUAGGGUUUUUCCAGUUUCUCAAUCACAUUGUCAGUUUUAACAAAGGAAAUCUCUGAUGGCUUUAAGUCAAACUUACAUCUGAGCCAAUGCAUCAUGCUUGUUUGUACUGUAAGGUUUUAAAGGAUUUGGGAAAUACUUACUUCCUUCUCAUAGGCCUUUGAAAAUAGGGGCUCAAAAGUAACACUUACAGUAGAAAUUAAUGUUGGAAUGGAGACACUGCAUUUGAUGUGCCCAUGACUGUAUUUUAAAGAGCUGGUAUCUACAUAAUUAGGGAAAAAAUUAGGGAAAAAAUCACUUGUGUAUUAAAUGUAUUUUUAAAAUACUUUUUUGUAACUGCAACUGGAUAUAGUAUUAGAAUUAUCUUGUUCCAUUUACAUUUAUGAAGGUGUUCUCUUUUUAUCUGGCAUAAUUAUGCUGAUUUACUCUAUUUCAGUUUCCAAUAUUUUACAAUGUAUCAGCAACAUUAGGGAAUACUCAGUGAGCUUUGAUGUGUAUUUUUAUAAAGUAAGACACUAUAGCCUGUCCUGGAAUAUUCAUAGAUCUUGUUUUAUUAAUGAGGUUUUCUCUCAUUUUUUCAGGCUGUUGCUUUUGUUCAAAAACACGUAACACGUUGUUUCUAAUACAAUGCUGCAAUCAACAGUCUAUCACUUCAAUUGUACUAGGCAGAACAGCACUCAGUGAGGACUGAGUGUACUUUUAAAAAAAGUAAAAGGAUUUUUUCAAACAAAAACUCUUCUUCAAAGCUGUUAAUGUUGUUGAAAGACAUUAGGUCUAAACUUUACUCUGACUGGCUAGAUAGACCUACCACUGGAAAAUAAGCAAUAACUAGAGCAAUUUAUGCUACUUAUUGCAGUCUUUCUUUCUUCUACACUGCAGAGAUGAAUUUUUCAAUACGAGCAUGAAAUACAGUUUUCCUUUAGCCAUUCUAUACUAAGUGUUUCCGUACCCCUGUAACAUCUUGUGUUGUCUAAGACUACCGAUGCAUUUCAAGUACAGGUAUAAUUAAUGGUGUCUGAUUUCUACAUUGUUAACAAUAAACUUAUUACAAAACAAGGAAUCUUCA